AUGAUGAGGGAGGAGGAGGUUGCCUCUGUUGCUGCCAAGCCGUCGCUGGCGGGGUUGGGUUUGCCGUCGCCAUCGCCGUCGUCGUUGAGCUGUGUGCCGCCGUUGGCAUUUGGAUCGCCACUCUGUUUCUGCUGUAACUCGCCACUGUCCUGGGUUCUAAGAGAAGCAAGAGAAAUUCAUGAUUUUUAUGGUGAUUUUGUCUUCAGAUCCUCUGCUGGUGAAGGCUGCCAUAUAGCACCACAUUUAUUGCAGACUCUGCUCUCUCAUUUGGCGCAAGCAAUAGCAGAUUAUAUUAUUUUCCAAGUGGAGUCUGGGGCUUACUGCAUACAAAUAUUUGAUUCAUGGGGUGGACAACUACCACCUGAUAUGUGGGAACGCUGGUCAAAGCCUUAUAUCAAAGAGAUUGUAGAUUUGGUCAAGAAAAGAUGCCCUGAGACACCGAUUGUUCUUUAUAUAAAUGGAAAUGGUGGCCUCCUUGAGCGUAUGAAAGAUACUGGAGUUGAUGUUAUUGGGCUGGACUGGACUGUGGAUAUGGCAGAUGGAAGAAGAAGAUUGGGUAGUGGAAUAGGUAUGCAGGGAAAUGUAGACCCUGCCUACUUAUUCUCCCCACUUCCUGCCUUCACUGAAGAAAUGCAGAGGUUGGCGAUUUAAUAUCUUUUUAACUCU